AUGGCGAUCAUUGUAAAGCAUGCUCUGGACAAUGGUCUGAGCCCACAUGUUCUGGUGGCACUCCGUAUGGUCGUUGCUGCAAUUCUCGUUUCUCCUUUUGCUAUUGUCAUGGAAAGACCGGUGCUUAGCCAAAAUUUCUCCUAUACUGGGAUGAAAUAUACUACUGCAACAUUUAAUGUUUCCAUGAGCAAUGCUCUUCCUGCCAUGACAUUUAUAAUGGCUUGGAUUUUCAGGCUUGAAAUUGUGAAACUUAGGAAGCUACAUGGCCAGGCAAAGAUAGUGGGAACCCUACUGGCUGUUGGGGGAGGAAUUAUAAUGACAUUUGUAAAGGGAACUCUCCUAGAUUUGCCAUGGAAGAAUGGAAUAAACAUAAUUUUCAAGAAAUCAGCAACUGAUGUAGAACAUACAUAUCUAAUGAAGGGUGCCGGACUAAUCGUAGUUGGCACAUAUAUUAAGAUCCUACCCUUCAGUGCUCAGUCUCGCAGCUUUGGUAUGCAUUUUUGGCUCCAUCGAAGGCAUCAUACUGGCCUUGCUAGUCGAAAGAGGAAACACAAAAAUCUGGUCAAUCUUCAACCCAGAUGCUAA